AUUUUGUACCUCUCAUAUCGACAGUAUGCUUUUACAGAGACUGCUCAUCUUCGCAGUGCUGGCUGCAGUACUUCAUGCUGUUCCACUUUCAAGUCGUGUUCAUGAGGUUGAAGAUGAACCCAAUUUUAACCCUUUCAUCAAUCUUGGAGCAAAAACCCGGCUGAUUGAGGGAGACAUAGCCUUACCUCCAGGUCGAAUUGGUCUUAUCAACACAACAUACAGAUGGAAGUUCCCUAUUCCUUACAUUCUGUCUGACAGUCUGGACCUUAACGCAAAAGGUGCAAUCUAUCAGGCAUUUGAAGUGUACCGUCUAAAGUCAUGUGUUGAUUUCAAACCCUAUGAGGGAGAGAAGACAUACAUCAAAUUUGAGAAAGGAGAUGGGUGUUGGUCUUUUGUUGGAGAUCAACAGAACGGACAAGUUCUUUCUCUGGGGCCCGGCUGUGAUCAUAAGGCUGUGAUUGAGCAUGAACUGCUGCACGCCUUGGGCUUUUACCACAUGCAGUCUCGCCAGGACCGAGACGACUAUGUGAAGAUCUGGCUUGAUCAGGUCAUUGAAGGCUUGGAGCAUAAUUUUAACAAAUAUGAUGACAGUUUUGUCACAGACCUAAACACACCAUAUGACUACGAGUCUGUUAUGCAUUAUCGUCCAUUUGCUUUCAACAAAGACCCCUCUAUUCCUACUAUUACCACCAACAUCCCAGAGUUCUACAAAAUCAUCGGACAAUACCUGGACUUCAGUGAGAUGGAUAUUGUCAGACUGAAUCGAAUGUACAACUGCUCCUCUUCUCUUACCCUGCUGGACCAGUGUGCUUUUGAAAAGAUCAACAUCUGUGGGAUGGUACAGAGUUCGACUGAUGAUGGCGAUUGGGUCCAUCUUAAGAGCUCUGAGGAUCAUACUCUCAGCGGACAAUGCAGAGAUUUAGGAUAUACUAUGCACUUUGACACGUCCAGUGGACAGGCAGAGAGAUCUGCUCUAAUCGAGUCCCGCAUCCUAUAUCCAAAAAGGAAGCUGCAGUGCCUACAGUUUUUCUACAAAAUGACGGGGAGUGCAAAGGACAGGCUAGUGAUUUGGGCCAGGAUGGAUGAUGGAACGGGAGAAGUGCGUAAAUUAAAGAAACUGCAAACAAUCUGGGCUGAUGAAGACAAAACAUGGAAGAUUGCCCAUGUGCCGAUGCAAGUUGGGGCAAAAUUCCGCUAUGCAUUCCAAGCAGUGAAAGGUGAUUCGAGCAGCUCUGGAGGAGGUAUAUUCAUAGAUGACAUCAGCCUAACAGAGACACACUGUCCAGCCGCUGUCUGGCGCAUCCAAAACUUCUCCAGUAUCCUUGAAAAGGCAGACUACAGCACUGUGCUGAACAGCCCUCGUUUCUACAGCCCUGAGGGUUAUGGUUUUGGGAUUCAAGUGAUUCCACUGUCUGGCUAUUCUGAUUAUGCUGGUAACUACACUGGUCUGUACUUCCAUUUGAUCAGUGGUGACAAUGACAUUGUGAUGCAGUGGCCUGCUGUGAACCGCCAGGCCACUAUAGUGGUGAUGGACCAAGAUCCGGAUAUUAGGUUGAGGAUGUCUUCUGCUCGUAGCCUCACCACUGACCUGAGCAAAGGAAAUGGAGAACAACUAUUGUGGGACAAUCCAAAAAAGGUUGGGACCCUUGACCCAAGCGAUGGUUUUUGGCGAGGACCAUCAAAGGGAUGGAAUACUUUCAUAAAGCACUACGAUUUACACAGACGAAAUUACCUGAAAAAUGAUGACCUCAUCAUCUUUGUUGACUUUGAAGACUUAACAAGCCUGAUAAAGAGUGAGGUUCCGACUGCCCCAAAGGUUUGAGGAAAAAAAGACUGUGUCGCACUUUAAAGUCUGAAGAGCUGUGUGGAUUGUGGAGAACAUCUUAAAUAUGUUAAUGAUGGAAGUAAUACUGUGCUACUGAAACAGUGUUUUAGAUAUUCUGCUACUUUUGAAACAUUUUAAUAAAGUCGUCAAUUGCCAAA